GUAGCCGCUGAAAAACGUCUCAAACGGAAGAAUUCUCGAUUGGAUAAGUGCGGAAUCCCUGAAGAAGAGCUCUAUCUCAUGCAACAGCAGUUGAUUCAACAAGCCCGUGAACAAGAUCCUGAUCAGUUACGCGCUCAAGCUGCAGCCGUUCAGCCCCUCGUUCAGGAACAGCAAGUAUUUGCUGCGCAGCCAGCCCAAGAUGAUGACGAAUAUGAUACAUAA